UAGUUGGGAUCGUUUCAGACAAAUCGCUAUCAAGAUGAGAUCCUGGUGUUUAGCACUUAGCCUGCUGCUUAUCGCAGCAUCCGUAUUCCAGCCAAUUAAUGCUCGUGGCGGACGGGGACGUGGCGGUGGAUCGUUCGGUGGCCUCUUCGGGGGGUGGCGCAAGUACAAGAAACCCUCGUCGUCGGGCGGUGGGCGGCGGGUGGUCAGCGGUUCGCCCGUCCACACGGCCAUGACGGUGCCGAAACCACCACCGCCUCCGCCUGCACCGCCAAAGUCCAUGAUGCCGUCCAAGCAGCAGGUUCCCAGCUAUCCACGCCAGCAGAUGCCCCCGGGCUACGGCUUUGGGUCGUAUCCUGGCGCGGGUGGGACAUAUUACUCCAAUGCUCAAGCCUUACCUGCGGGAGCGGUAUACUACGCUCAACCACCUGUGGGAUUGAACCGCGGAUCGGGAACGGGAGAUUUCCUAACCGGAAUGCUGGCGGGUCACAUGAUGAACAACCUGAUGUUUGGUCACCGCCACCACGCAUACCACAGAAAUCGAGAGGAGGCUCAAACGUCGUCCCAGGGAAAUGGUCGCCAGAUCAUCAUAGUCAACAAUGGUCAGCAGGAGGGAGUUUUGCAGAAUGAAACCACUAUUUCAGGGGAAGCCUCCGCCGUAGCUUCUCCUGAAAAUCCUCUAACAGAGGAGGAUGAGGUAGGGCAGGGUGAAGGAGAAAGUGAGCAUGUGUCUAGUGAGGAAUCCCCGGAAUUCGAGGCGACUCCUCAACCCUAUCCAGAUGGUGGCAUUAUUUGCUUCCCCAUCACGCUCAACGAAACAGAUCCCGAAAACUCAGAGGUGAUGCGGGAAGUGGAGCGGGUGGUUUGCUUUCCAGCACCGCCAAACCAUCCGGAGCAUUUCCAACCAGCCGUAACCACGGAGCCACCCAUUGUCGCCGGCGAUAUUGUUGGUGGCGCAGAGGAUGGUUCGAAGGGCGGCGGAGGUGACGAGGUCAGCAAUGCUGGUGCCCCCAUCGAGGUGGCCAACUUUGUAGCUGCAAGAGCCCCCAAAGUCGAAAUAGAGUCAAUAUGAGUACUCCUAGGAUAGAGCCUAAGUAAAUAUAAAUAAACAUUAAUAACUUA